AUGUUGGUAGGAUUUCUCUUAGUUUUUGUGGUAACACAGGCCAACUGCGCACAAGAGCUGACCCAGGCAGGCUGCAAGACGUGUGUCGGGGCAGACGCCGCCCAGACGUGUACGGAGUGCACAACUUCUGGACACAAGGUACAGCUCGAUAAAAGAAGCUGCGGCCCCACCUGCCCGGCGCACUCCACGGCCAGCUCGAACGUCUGCGAGUGCGACCAGGGAUACACGCCCAACGCCGGGAAGACCGCGUGCGAGCCCAAUCCCAGCGCGGGAUGCGCACAAGAGCUGACCCAGGCAGGCUGCAAGACGUGUGUCGGGGCAGACGCCGCCCAGACGUGUACGGAGUGCACAACUUCUGGACACAAGGUACAGCUCGAUAAAAGAAGCUGCGGCCCCACCUGCCCGGCGCACUCCACGGCCAGCUCGAACGUCUGCGAGUGCGACCAGGGAUACACGCCCAACGCCGGGAAGACCGCGUGCGAGCCCAAUCCCAGCGCGGGAUGCGCACAAGAGCUGACCCAGGCAGGCUGCAAGACGUGUGUCGGGGCAGACGCCGCCCAGACGUGUACGGAGUGCACAACUUCUGGACACAAGGUACAGCUCGAUAAAAGAAGCUGCGGCCCCACCUGCCCGGCGCACUCCACGGCCAGCUCGAACGUCUGCGAGUGCGACCAGGGAUACACGCCCAACGCCGGGAAGACCGCGUGCGAGCCCAAUCCCAGCGCGGGAUGCGCACAAGAGCUGACCCAGGCAGGCUGCAAGACGUGUGUCGGGGCAGACGCCGCCCAGACGUGUACGGAGUGCACAACUUCUGGACACAAGGUACAGCUCGAUAAAAGAAGCUGCGGCCCCACCUGCCCGGCGCACUCCACGGCCAGCUCGAACGUCUGCGAGUGCGACCAGGGAUACACGCCCAACGCCGGGAAGACCGCGUGCGAGCCCAAUCCCAGCGCGGGAUGCGCACAAGAGCUGACCCAGGCAGGCUGCAAGACGUGUGUCGGGGCAGACGCCGCCCAGACGUGUACGGAGUGCACAACUUCUGGACACAAGGUACAGCUCGAUAAAAGAAGCUGCGGCCCCACCUGCCCGGCGCACUCCACGGCCAGCUCGAACGUCUGCGAGUGCGACCAGGGAUACACGCCCAACGCCGGGAAGACCGCGUGCGAGCCCAAUCCCAGCGCGGGAUGCGCACAAGAGCUGACCCAGGCAGGCUGCAAGACGUGUGUCGGGGCAGACGCCGCCCAGACGUGUACGGAGUGCACAACUUCUGGACACAAGGUACAGCUCGAUAAAAGAAGCUGCGGCCCCACCUGCCCGGCGCACUCCACGGCCAGCUCGAACGUCUGCGAGUGCGACCAGGGAUACACGCCCAACGCCGGGAAGACCGCGUGCGAGCCCAAUCCCAGCGCGGGAUGCGCACAAGAGCUGACCCAGGCAGGCUGCAAGACGUGUGUCGGGGCAGACGCCGCCCAGACGUGUACGGAGUGCACAACUUCUGGACACAAGGUACAGCUCGAUAAAAGAAGCUGCGGCCCCACCUGCCCGGCGCACUCCACGGCCAGCUCGAACGUCUGCGAGUGCGACCAGGGAUACACGCCCAACGCCGGGAAGACCGCGUGCGAGCCCAAUCCCAGCGCGGGAUGCGCACAAGAGCUGACCCAGGCAGGCUGCAAGACGUGUGUCGGGGCAGACGCCGCCCAGACGUGUACGGAGUGCACAACUUCUGGACACAAGGUACAGCUCGAUAAAAGAAGCUGCGGCCCCACCUGCCCGGCGCACUCCACGGCCAGCUCGAACGUCUGCGAGUGCGACCAGGGAUACACGCCCAACGCCGGGAAGACCGCGUGCGAGGUGGCCUCUAACACGCAGUGUAAUACUCCCAACUGCAAGAUCUGUGAUAACCCCAAAACAGACAAUGAAAUCUGCACUGAAUGUAAUGACGGCGACUACCUCACUCCAACAAAGCAGUGUACGCAAAGCUGCGGAGCAAUAGGAAGCUACUACAACGGAGACAAAGUGUGCGAGCCCUGUAAUCCUAGCUGUGCUGCGUGCACCACAAAGGGACCAGCGAAGUGCACGCUGUGUCCUCCCGGGAAGAGGCUCCAGUACACAGAUGAGAACAGUCCAUCAAGCGGUACUUGCGUAGAUGAGUGCAAGCCCCAGAGUGGAGCUAGCGGAUGCGAGACCUGCGGAGCCACCAUCGGAGGGACAAAGUAUUGCUCGAAGUGCAGCACAUCCACGGAGGUCCCCGUCAACGGAGUCUGUACAGCAGACAAUGCCCGCGCGCCCGUAUGCUCGAAAAAGGACAAUCAGGGAGGGUGCACUACGUGUGCCAGUGGGUACUUCCGCCAGGACAACGGCUGCUAUAAGACUGACAGACAGCCAGGCAAACAGAUAUGUACACUAGCUGAUAGCAAUGGUGGAUGUCAGGCGUGUGCCAAUGGUCUUCCUCCUAGUUCUUCUGACGUAUGCCCCUCGUGUCAUUUCACCUGCAAGACAUGCUCGACCGCAGACACUGCAAAUACUUGUACAACGUGUGCAACUGGGUACUAUAUGGUCGGAUCAGCAGCUGGACCAUGCACUUCGUGUGACAGCAACAGUGGAAGUGUCAAGGGAGUUGCUGGCUGCAUGAGCUGCGCUCCUCCAUCUAAUAAUCAAGGCUCCGUCCUUUGCUACCUCAUAAAGGAUACCGGUAGCACCAACAGGAGCGGCCUCUCCACGGGGGCCAUCGUGGGGAUCUUCGUCGCAGUCAUCGUUGUUGUGGGGGGCCUUGUGGGCUUCCUCUGCUGGUGGUUCCUGUGCAGGGGGAAGGCGUAG